UAAUGUGUAGAUCUGAUGUAGGUAUUGACCAAGACAAUCGUGCAGAAUAAUGGGAAACCUUUUUUUAUGCUUCAAGUCUCUGUAGAACUCUCACAGAUACGCCCAGCCGGCGCCUGUGUUUCCCCGCUCGGAUCUCUUCCUAGGUCGGAGGUUUCUCGGCCGCCAGGCUCGCCGGCGCGAGAUCACUCGUAGGAGGUUGCGUGCUUGAUGCUGAUAAGAGAAGCGAUGAAGGGCGCCAAGGAGGUUAGGGUAUAGCCGGAAUUUUUUGUUGACCUGAGAGUCGAUUUUAAAUUUGGUAAGAGAUGAUAUUGCUGCAAUCUGCAUCAAGAUUUCUCCACCAGAUUUUGCAGAAUCGUCUCAUUAGUUCGGAGAAGAGUGUUGAUCUCGACUGUCAUUCAGUUGAGUUUGAUGAUGUUCGUUAUCAUAUUCAGUUCUCUGUGAAAUCCCCUCAGGUGAUGCUGUUGUCAAUUUCAUUACCGACUCCACCACCAGAGACAGUUUUCAUGAAUGGUCUUCCAUUGGGUGCUAUAGAGGCAGUAAAGGGAGCAUAUGGAGAGCUUGUUCAGAUUCUGGAUCCUCCAAAAGAUGGAUAUAACCUAACCAUGAAGCUUAACUUUGCUAAGCUUCCUCAAGAUGAAGAGCAAAGAAAGGCUAUUUUGCUAAAAGUUGCUUCUGUGAGAGAGGUUGUAUUGGGGGCCCCAUUAAGAAUGGUCUUAAAUCAUCUUGCAUCAAGAACAAUCUCGCCUAAUAUAGGUCAACUUAUUGCUCUAGUGCAUCGGCCUAAGGAAUCUUUUUUCCUCAUUCCUCAGGCUGAAAAGGUCACCGUUAUCUUUCCGAUGAGAUUCAGGGAUUCCGUUGAUAUUGUUCUGGCAACUUCUUUCUUACAGGAAUUUGUGGAAUCAAGGAGAGCUGCGGCCCUUAGUAAUGCACCUCUUUGUACUUGGUCUCCAAGUCCUCCUCAAGAGCUCAAAGGAGUUCGUCCGGAAGCAGUAUCAGCAAAUGCAGGAUUUGUCACCUUUGUGAUCUACCCCCGUCAUGCUGAUGUGCGGAAACUUGACAAAACAGCUUGGAGUCUAUCAACAUUUCACGCCUAUGUCAAUUAUCAUGUCAAAUGCUCGGAAGGCUUCAUGCACACCAGGAUGCGUCGCCGCGUAGAAUCACUUAUCCAGGCAUUGGAUCGUGCGAAACCAGAAACGGAGAGAACGAAGAAACUGACCCAAGGAAAUUCCUUUAAUCGUUUGAGUUUUAAUGAUGGACGUGGAAACUCAAUCUCUUGAAAACAUUGAAGCGCCAAUUAGGUGAUCCGUCUUUUGUAAUGUGGAUCUUUGAAGUUCGUGCGAUUUAUUUUUGGCCCAGCCAAGCAAAGGUAGAUGUUAUACCGAUUCUUGAAUGUCCUCCUUUCUAUUUAUCUGUAAUUUAGAAUUGUUAUUGAUUAUUAUUAUUUUCUUUUUAGUAGCUGCUGUUAAAUAAAACCAGUCUGAACCCUGUAGUCUGAUCGCCAGCCAAUGUUAUUUCAUAUGUUAUAAUUUAAAAGAAAAUUUUAGCGUUACUUAGAGAUAAUCAGAAAUAAUUGUAUGAAUGCAUGCUGUUCUUGAUCGGGGCAACACAAAAAAAAGAAAAAAACACGAAUUUACAAGAUCGUGGUUAUUUAUUCUGUACUGUGUAGUCUGCAUGGACAUAUACUUGUUAUUGAAAUGUUACAGUUUUU